CCGAGCGGACAUGGACCGUACCCCUCAACCCGGGCCUCGGAGCAGGAGUGCCAGGAGAGGAGCCGCACUCGCCAACGCGGGAGCAAACACCCGUCCUUUGCUCACCCGAACUGGACAUCACUUCACUGACCAGAGAGAAAGAAAACGUGGCCCAGGGCCGCGUGCCCGGCACGCCUCCUGAUGUGGACGGCCGCACGAUACCGGAAGUGGGUGGGGUAUCCCGCGAGCUCUUCCGGCGAAUAGCGGCGAUUGAGGUGCAGGUGAGCCGCGGGUUCCCGUCCGCGUCCCGCCGACGGGCGAGCGGACGCCCUCGCGGCUGUCCUUUGCACCCUUGGGAGAGGUCAAAAUGAACUAUAUGCCGGGCACCGCAAGCCUCAUCGAGGACAUCGACAAAAAGCAUUUGGUCCUACUUCGAGAUGGAAGGACACUUAUAGGUUUUUUAAGAAGCAUUGAUCAGUUUGCUAACUUAGUGCUUCAUCAGACUGUGGAGCGCAUUCAUGUGGGCAAAAAGUACGGUGAUAUUCCUCGAGGAAUUUUUGUGGUCAGAGGAGAAAAUGUGGUCCUACUAGGAGAAAUAGACUUGGAAAAGGAGAGUGACACGCCCCUCCAGCAAGUGUCUAUUGAAGAGAUCCUAGAAGAACAGAGAGUAGAGCAGCAGAGCAGACUGGAGGCAGAGAAGCUGAAGGUGCAGGCCCUCAAAGAUCGGGGCCUCUCCAUUCCUCGGGCAGAUACCCUGGAUGAGUACUGAGUUCCUUGCUGAGAGACUGCUGCUCACCCCACACACCUGACCAGAGUGCAGAAUUGAAAAGUGGUCUUUCACAUAUGCCAAUAUGAAGAAACCAUGGGAUU